AAAUAUUACGACGAAACGCAACGGUAAUGUCAAUGAACUUUAUCCCGCGUCAAUAUUUAAGGACGCGACGGACGCAGCAGUGGAAAGUUAAAAGACUGUCAUUCAUUUUUUUAUCGCAAAUAUCAACUUUGUUGUUUGAUUGGGUCUUUUUUUCUUCUGUGUGACGUCUGUUGUUUGUAUGUUUGUGGUUGAGUCGUUCUCGACCGUGACGACAAUAAUUCAGAGGAAAUCAGUCGUGUUUUCUCGUUUAAAGUAUAAUGAGAACAGGAUCUUCAUUCAUUUCUGUGCUCUGAACGGAAGGACUUGAUGUACCGUGUCUGAACUUGUUGACAUUCUUUUGUUUACCUCUGACGGAUCGCGUCGGACUUCUGUUUCAAUGCUUUAUUUACGUCAUUUUGACAUCUGUCAGACAGUUGAAAGCUCGAUGUCCGGUCAGCUGAUCUGUCAUAAUAUGGUUUGGGAAGUGAAACGACAGACAGUCCCUCAGAGAGUUCAAGACGUUCAGGUACAGAGCUCAGGUAUGGACGACACCUUUGACCUGCUCAAGUGUAAUGAGCACCUGCCCUCCUCACCCGGCCGCCCAUCUCAGCACACACACAUGGAGUACGAGAGCCGUCGUGUUCCAGAUGCACUGAGAGUUGAUUUCUCUUCAGAUGACCUGCCCGAGCUACAGGAGGUGCGGGAGGACCAGACCCCAGCGGGCGUGUUCCAGGUGACCCCGGGCGUGUCACAUGAAGAGGGGCGGAGCUCUAGGCCAGAGAACAGCGUAUCAAAUACGAGCUGGCUGACGGAGCUGGCCAACAUUGCCACCAGCCCUCAGAGCCCCCUGCUCCAGAAUGACCCCCACAACCGGUCGUCCCCUGUUCACAUCUUCAGCAGCAGUAACAGUUUACAUUCCUACGCGAGACCCCCUCUGUGGUCCAGCAGCGCCCCCAGCCCCGCCCGCAGUCACAUGAGAGAGCGCCGGCGCACCCGAGCCAGCAGUGAGUCUGAAUCUGGUAUCUUCAGCAUGUCGUCUCUGUCUGAUGAUGAUGAUCUGGGCUGGUCUCAUUCAUGGCCCUCAACAGCUUGGCACUGUUUUCUGAAAGGAACACGUCUGCGCUUUCAUAAAGGUGUGAAUGUGGAGUGGCAGGAGGCAGAAGAUGUGAUGGAUUCAGAUGAAGACUCUGAGGAUGAGGGAGGAUCACAGUCUAACCCCAUGAAGGUACAUGAUGAGCGCUCAUUCCAGAGAAAUCCUCAUCGUAUUCAUCAGAAACUCUGUUUGUGUCUGAAGAGUUUCGGCUUAGAAGGUCUGAAGCUGGUGGCUCUGGAGGAUACGCUCUCUUUCGGUCAAUCCGUCCUGAAGUUAACCUUUGACCCCGGUUCAUCUGAAGCAGGCCUUCUGACUGCCGAAUGCCGACUGGACCAUCCGUUCUUUGUGAAAAACAAAGGAUGGUCCUCCUUUUAUCCGAGCCUCACCGUCGUGCAGCACGGCAUUCCCUGCUAUGACAUGCACAUGGGAGACGUGUGUCUGCCACCGGGACAUCGCGACGCCAUCAACUGUGACGAUUCGGUGGUGUUCGACACUUUCAGGAGUUACGACUUCACACCUCUGGACUCGUCGGCCGUCUAUGUUCUCAGCAGUAUGGCACGUCAGCGCCGAGCCUCUCAGUCCAGCGGCGGAGCCGUGAGUCCCGACUGUGACAAACUAGAGGCCUCCGCCCACCACUCCCCCAGCGGCAAAUCACAGCGCAGCCAAGCUUCAGGGACCUCCGUAGCCACACCCACAAAGUGCAAGCGGCCAAUGAAUGCCUUCAUGUUGUUUGCCAAGAAAUACAGAGUGGAAUACACGCAGAUGUACCCGGGCAAGGACAACAGAGCGAUCAGCGUCAUUCUGGGCGAUAAAUGGAAGAAGAUGAAGAACGAGGAGAGGAGGAUGUUCACCAUGGAGGCCAAAGCUCUAGCCGAGGAGCAGAAGAGACUCAACCCUGACUGCUGGAAACGCAAGAGGACUAACUCGGGCUCUCAACAAAACUAGUGUGACGGAAGCACCAGCUGGAGACGGACGCUCGUUCUCUCACGGGACUGAUGAAGCUGUUCGGCUCGCUUUAGAAACACAAAGGAAAGGUUGUGAUCAUUACCACUUGGUGUAAACUAGAGCAAAGAAUUGAAACCGAAGGAAAAUCUGAUAUAUUCAAUAUUUAAGAAAAUGUAAUCCUGUCAACUAACAGUGCUUAUGUGUGUUUUAUAAUCUUAAAAAAAAAGAAUGACGAUAAAACGCCUUAUUCUUCCAAAGCGAGACGUCAAGUUCUUCUUUCAGGUAAUUUGUAUUUCUGUGCUUGAAAGGUGCGACCCUGUGGUGCUAUUUUACUGAGGCCGAAGGAGCGAUUACACAUAUAUGAAUAUAUAUUCAAAUAAAGUCUAUUUUUAAAUGUUAAAAGGGGAAACGUAGAUGUUAGCUCGUUUUUCAGCUGUUCACAAUUCUAGAACUCAACUUGUUGCACAGACUCGGAUGUUUUGCAAACGCCAGCGAGCUGAGAGGCCUUGAAUUUAAUGUGACGUCAGUCCAGCCAAGGCCAUAUUCUGUGUGUGUGUGUGUGUGUGUCUGUGUGCGUGUGUUUCUUCAUGUAGCCAUAUUGUAGAUGGAUGGAGUCUCUCACACACGCACACAUUCUGUCAUACACAGCACUUCAGGGCCAUGCCUUCACUGCAAGUGUUCAGGUUUUGCACUUUAUAUUCAUAUAUAACCAAUAAAUGUAUACAAGCUGAAAUAUUGUGUAAAAAUAUACAUAUAUAUAUCUUGAUAUGAUGAUGUAUCCUUUGACACAAUCAUGGUCAAACUGAGCAAACGUGUGUUGUGCUUUGCGGGUUUGCCAUGGGAUUGCAUUACAAAUACAUUUGUUUUUGUUAAUAUUGUACAGGUCCACGUUCCCAUCCAUUUCUUGCACAUACAAUUGUAUCAUAUUAUAAAUAAAAUUUUAAACUUGCUA